UCGUCGCCGCCGCCUCUCCACGAUACUUUUCACCUGAAUACCGCUCCGAUGGCCGAGACUUGUAUAGUCUGCCUAGGCGACCUCGUCCCCCAAAAUCAAGAACCCGCUGCCGUUACCGCUGACGACGCUGCCGCCGCCUCGCUUGCGACCGAAGGUGAGCUGCAUACGGACAACGAGUCCCGUAUCAGCAACCCUCGCAAGAUAUCAGCACACCAUCCACCACCACCACCAACCUCCCAAUCCGACACAAAGGACCCGGAGCUAGUUGCCCAUCUUCUGCCCUGUGGCCACAAUCUACACGACGAUUGCCUCAAGCCAUGGGUGGAACGCGCCAACAGCUGCCCUAUAUGUCGCGCCAGCUUCAAUAUGGUUGAGCUCUGCGCCCGGCCAGGAGGUCCUACCAUCUCCUCGUAUGCUGUUCAGGAUAAACAGCAGGUUGCCGAAAUCGACGCUUCGAUGAUAAUUGAGGAGGAUGAAGUCCUCGAAGACGACGGAAGCUACGAUGCUUGCAUGGUCUGCGACGAAUUCGGCGACUCAUCUUCUCUCAUGUACUGUCAUAGUUGCGAGCAGCUUUGUCACGUUUUCUGUGCUGGCCUCGACGGAAUGCCCGCCCGUGGCGCAUGGUAUUGCCAGGGGUGCAUCGAGAACCCGGCUCUUUUACAAGAGGCGUCCAGGCGACCUGUUCCGCGAGGUCCUGCUGCAUACGUGAACGGUCGGAACCGGAUCCCUCGUCGCAGCCGUGGAGCUCCCGACGAUUGGGUUGGCGUUUGGCAAAGCGUCUGGAAUCGUCUCCAUUUCGACAUCGAAUUCCCAUUCGAGGAGGAUGAUGCAUCCGAAACAAGAUCCGAGAUCCAGCGUCGGGAGGCUCAGGAAUGGGAAGCGCGCUUCGAACUUGCUCGCCGCAUGGGCGCUGGCACCCGCUUCCGUGCUGCUGCGGAUAACAUACAUGUGAGCCGUGGCUCUCGCCCUCGUCCGGCCAAUCGCACCCUCCAUAUAGAGACGCCAAAAUCACCCAAUCCGGAAUCCCAAGAAGAGCUAAGGGCUUGGAACGCAUUUGAUAAGGCCCGGGAACAAGUUGCAGAGACAGAAGGUCGUCCUCCGCCCGCCGAGCUAAGCAGCAAUCGUCGGCGCAAGCGCAAAUCAAUGGACUCCACUCACAAUGACGCUGAGCCCGAUGUACAAGAGUCUCUACCAGAGCGCAAACUGAAACGUCCUCGCACCCGACUCCAUUUGGAUAAUGCUGAGUCGUCAGCUACUGCAGCUCGUCGCAACACUGUCGCGCAGAACCCGUCCCCACCUAACGGCGUGAAUGGUGAUGCGUCCGCUGCCCCGGGUUUCUUGGAGUCCAUUCUGCAAGAGGUAGCUGUGGAUCGCUUUGCCGAACACGAACGUGAGAUUGCUGCACCACAGCCAAAACGUAUCAUCAUUGAGCGGGCCAUGUCUCCCCAGAAUUCCUCGCCUGGGCUCUCACCAGUGUAUUCAAGUCCGCGUGCGGGGAUGACUACUCCUCCACCACUUAAUAUUAAUCGGACCGAUUCUCCGGCACAGAAUCAUGAUCAAAAAUCACCUACAUACUCACCAUACUCGCCAGCGGACGAUGACUCUCGAUCAGGCCGGAAGAGAAUGGUCGUGCGACCUCGUUCUCCGGGACUGUCCAGCCCGUCGCGUUCCAAAGACUCGUCGCCCACGCGCCCCCCAUCACUCUCGUACUCUACAAAGGCGGAGCUUCAGCGCAUGGUAUCGGCUGUACUGAAGCCCUUGUACGUUAAAAAGGACAUCACCAAGGAUGUUUACACAGAAGUCAAUCGCGAAGUGUCACGCUCGCUAUACGAGAGAGUGAGUGACGCUGGUCCCGCCGCUCUUGCUGACCAAGCCACGCGAGCAAAGUGGCAGGAAAUUGCCAACGAUGAAGUUCAAAGCGCCAUCAAAGCCCACAACGAGAAACAUGAAGGCGACAUGCCUGCCGCUCUGGCCGUGGCUGGUGGCACCGAAGAUGUCGCUUCUUCUUCUGCUUCCUCACCGUCUUGA